UAACACUUUCAUCGUAUCACCUUCGUCCAUUCCAAUUAGAUUUUGCUUCCACUCCAUUCUUUUUCUUUCAUUUCUCAAACAAAUCUACCAGUGUGUACUGUGUAUUGCCGCUGUAUGUAAUGGAUGCUAAAGCUGUUCAAAUGUUGCAUCUACCGGUUCUGACCCGACCCGAUAAUUGUGUGAGAAUAACCGGUUGUUCUUUGAGUCGGACCGGUAAACUGAAAAAGCUUCAGACGAUUCGGCGCAAGAAGGUUUCUCUGGAAGUUGCUUGUUCUUAUAACAAUAUUCCAGCUUCAACAUUGGAAUCUGGAGGGCAUAAGUUUCCCCUUGAGGAAGAGUUGGUUCUGAAGAAUAGAUCGCAACAGAUUCUGCCGUAUUUAAGUGGGCGCUGUAUAUAUGUUGUUGGAAUGAUGGGCUCUGGGAAGACAACUGUGGGAAAAAUUAUGUCGCAAGCGCUUAGCUAUUCAUUUUGUGAUUGUGAUACAUUGAUUGAGGAAGAGGUUGAUGGAAACUCUGUGGCUGAUAUAUUCAAGCUCUAUGGAGAAUCUUUCUUUCGUGAGAAGGAGACUGAGGCAUUGAAUAAGCUGUCCCUGAUGCACAAACUUGUCAUUUCUACGGGUGGAGGUGCUGUUGUGCGGCCUAUUAAUUGGAAAUAUAUGCACAAGGGGGUUAGUGUUUGGUUAGAUGUACCAGUGGAAGCAUUGGCCAAAAGAAUUGCAGCUGUGGGAACUAAUUCUCGCCCUCUUCUACACGAUGAAGCAGGAGAUGCAUACACAGCGGCUUUGAUGCGUCUGUCUGCUCUUUUUGAAGAGAGAGGUGAAUUCUAUGCCAACGCCAAUGCUAGAGUCUCAUUAGAAAAUAUAGCAACAAAACUGGGCCGAAAAGAUGCGUCUGAUUUGUCUCCAACUGAAAUUGCAAUUGAGGCGCUAGAGCAAAUUGGCAACUUCUUAAAGGCAAAAGAUGGUGGUUAUGCAAGAUAGUAGUACGAUUUGGCGUACCCGUGUUUUGAUUGUUUAUAUUUUUUUUCCUUCAAUUUGCAGUUUGCAAUUAAGGCCAUGCUGUUGUGCAGUGUUGUUUUAAGUGUGAAAAUAAAAAUAAAUGUAGCUUGCCACAUUUUUUAUACAUAAUUUUUGUUGGGAAUUAAGCUUCAUGUGACAGCCAAUGGCAACAGUUUGAAUUUCUAGGUUUUUUUUUUUAUCAUUGAUGUAUAUACUACUAUAUAUUCCGGUUGACCACCCCACUUAAUGGGAUAAGGCUGAAUUGUUGUUGUAUUGUAGUUGACGAAGUUUUUGCUUUAAAUUGAGUUUGGUUGAUCAGUUAAUGUGUGACUGACUUCCUGUAAGAGAUUGUAUGUUGUAAAAUGACACUCUAUCUUAUUCUAUUUUGGGUCUUAAUUGGUGCCUUCAUGCUUCA